UCCAGUAACAGAAAUGUCAACGUAGAACGACAACAAAAUUCAGUUCGUAGAAGUUUAUAUACAAGUUUUUAGCCUUCAACUAAUAAAUUAUCUAAACUAUUGAAUCGCCAAAAUGAUAAAUGAAAAAUUGGGUUGAAUUAGUUUUAAACAAUUGCAGUGUGUCAUUUUAGUGGCGGGUUGUAGGAGAAGCAAGAAGCUGAUACAUUUUUUUAUGAAAAUAUUGUUGUGAUUCACUGAGCUACUUAUUUACUUGUUUUUUUAUACGUGCGAAAAUACAUAUGUGUGUCAUCAGUGGAAUAAUUGCAAAUAAAUAAAACCAAAAACUGACAAUGUCUGAAUCAACAAGCUUGAGUUCCGAUAGUUCCAGUUCCAGCACUACAUUAACGGACACUGAAGAAGCAUUUCUAAAAGCUUGUCGAAAUGGUGAUUUGGAAUUAGUUAUUGAACUGCUCAAAUUAAGGGACAAUGAAAAGGUGUUUUUCGACAUAAGCUGCAAAGGAAAAUCUAAAAGCAACUUAGGAUGGACUCCUCUUCAUUUAGCAACAUAUUUCGGCCACAAAGAAGUUAUGGAAAUUCUUCUUAGUAAAGGUGCUGAUAUCAAUGCCAUCAACGAAAUGGGAGAUACUUGUCUGCACAAAGCGGCAUUUAUCGGUCGACAGGAUAUUGUGAUGCUUUUACUACAACAUGAUGCCGAUGUGAAAGUGAUCAAUGGUGAGGGACGAAUUGCUAGACAUAUGACACCAAAAAAUGAAAUCGGAGAUGAAAUAAAGGAUCUACUGCGAGCAGCUGAGGCUACUGAAACUUUACGGAUGGAGGGGAAGUUUCUAAAGGCGGCUCGAGAUGGGAACAUAGAGAUGUUAAAUGCUUUACUGAAAUGUCCGUACCCGCCAAAUAUCAAUUGUGUCGAUGCACAAGGAAAUUCAUCUCUACAUUGUGUGGCCUACCGUGGUCAUAAGGAAAUGGCUGUUUUACUGUUACAGAACGGAAUCGACACAAACAUUAAAAAUAAUCGUGGACAAUUAGCCAUAGACCUAGCCAGAGACCAGCAAACGUUACAAGUACUAAGUGUGAAAUCAGUUCGAAAGGUUCACAAAACAGUGGUGCGACUGGAAGGACCAUUGCUCAAAAGGUCUAGGUUCUUAGGUUGGAAACCAGUGUGGGCUGUACUUGAGCGCGGAGUAUUGCAUUAUUUUAAUACGCGAGCUGAGGCUGCCAAUUUGAAUGACAGUCGAAGGAGAGAUUACAAGUAUUUAGAUAGUGCUAGAGUCACAGCAUCCAAAGAGAAUCCUUUAUCGUUUUUCAUUCAUUUUAACGAUGGAGCUACACAUCGAUUAAGUAUUAUCAAAUUUACCGAGGACAGUUCCAUCGAACGACAGAGAUGGUUGAACGGCAUCCAAGAACAUGUAAAUUAUUCCACACAUUACCUUUGGGGAAUCGAGAAACCCUCAGAGACUGAUGACUAUGAAAAUGUUGCUAAGCCACUCGGAUCGAUGGCUGAAAACCUAGCUCGAGCCAAAGCCAAUUUCGAUGUGCUAGAAUCGCAAUUGAACGAUGCUUGCCUUUUGGUACAGAGUCUCGAGAAAAAUGUAGGAUUUAAGGAUGGACAAUUAAGUUCGAGCAUUCCAUCAGUUCCUUUGGCCGCCGUAAUGGUAGGAACUGUUUUGAAUUCGUAUUUGAGAUUCAAAUUGGUAGCAGAAACAGCAACCAGCAUGCUGUUCUCGUUACAACAUUGCUUAACAUUAUUUCAUCAGCAAGAAGAUGUUCGGAUUAUGCAACUAAAACAAGAGCAGGAAAAGAGUCGAGUAUUGGAAGAGGCAUUGAAUGUGCUGGCACAAGAACACCACGAACUCGAACAAACGGUUGUGACACAUUUAUCCGAACACGGAAGUGUAAAAAGUUUAAAUAGCAAAUUCCCAAGAUUCUACGAAACCGACGACGAUGAAUUCCAUGAUGCUUUCGAUGCUGAUUCAGAUUCCGACACGUUAGUCACAGCCGGUUCCGUUUUCAAUUCUCCAUCCCAGUCAAUGCAAGACCUAAAUGAAAUGUCCGGCCUAGCACCUUACGAUCCACUAGUCAAUAACACAUCAGCAGAAACCGACAAUCGCAAGAACCGUAGACGAGCUUCGGAUGAUUCAAGUUCAUCGUCAACAAACAGUAGCGACGAUACACUGAAUGCCGUCUCGAUGGCUUCGUCUUGUGACACGUACAUAUCUCAAGGUGGUGAUGCCUACAAAUGUGCGCGUAGUGAAUUUACAUUUCAACGACCACCAAAAAUGGACGUAUUGGUUGAUGUCAGUGAAACGGGCACUUUCCAAAGUCGAACUUCAUUACCAGUGCCAAUGUUUUCAAGAAAUGACUUCAGCAUUUGGUCAGUUUUGAAAAAUUGUAUUGGCAAAGAACUAAGCAAAAUCACCAUGCCGGUUAUAUUUAACGAACCAUUAAGCUUUCUGCAACGGAUGACCGAGUACAUGGAGUAUGCAAAACUGUUGAGAAUUGCAUCCGAACAUGAUGAUCCUGUUGAGCGAAUGAUUCAUGUUGCAGGAUUUGCUGUUUCAGCUUUGGCAUCGAAUUGGGAAAGACUUGGUAAACCGUUCAAUCCUUUAUUGGGUGAAACGUUCGAAUUGGACAGGCCUGAAUUCAGGAUUUUGUGUGAACAGGUAUCUCAUCAUCCUCCAGUGUCUGCAUUCCAUGCAGAUUCACCCAAUUUUACAUUUCACGGGUCAAUUCAUCCAAAACUAAAGUUUUGGGGUAAAAGCGUUGAAAUUCAACCGAAAGGUGUCGUUACCGUCGAACUUCCGAAAUGGAAUGAAGCGUAUACAUGGACGAAUGUGAACUGCUGCGUGCACAACAUUAUUGUUGGUAAAUUAUGGAUGGAGCAGUAUGGUACUAUGGAAGUUGUCAAUCACAGUAAUGGUUUGAGAGCAGUUUUGACCUUUAAACCAGCUGGAUGGGCUUCAAAGGACUUGCAUAGAGUUGAAGGAUUCAUUAUUGAUAAGGAUAAGAAGAAACUUCACUUCCUCUACGGUAAAUGGACCGAGUUUAUCAAAUGCACCGACAUCAAUUCAUACGACGAAUACAUGAAGGAAAAUUCGCACAAAUUUAAACGUGACGAGCGUAGUAAAAGUCCAAAUGAAUCUCCAGCGCAUACACCGCGCAAAGUAUUGUCCAAACUGAACAGUUUGAAGAUGAGCUCGUUCAGGAGUUUAUCGAUUCAAGAACCUGAUGAAAGUAUACCUGAUCCACCCGAGGGUGAAAUUCCAAAAUGUGAUUCCACUUACUCUAUUGAUAUUCCACGUUCGUUUACCGUUUGGGAAGCAGAUCCGCGACCACCGAAUACAUCCGAGUUCUAUCAGUUCACAUUGUUUGCGAUGUCGUUGAACGAAAUGAAACCGGGAAAGGCAAUAUGUCCGACGGACUCUCGGUUGAGACCAGACAUACGGAAACUGGAAUCUGGCGAUAUUGACGGGGCGGCAUUAGAGAAAACGCGGCUGGAAGAGAAACAAAGAGAUGCUAGAAAAUCGAAAAAGUCAAAGAAAGGGGAUGAUUUCGUUCCAAGGUGGUUUAACUUCGGUACAAAUCCCCACACGAAACAGGAUGACUGGCUGUAUACGGGUGGAUAUUGGGAUCGCAACUAUGAAGUGUCGGAUAUAUUUUAAGAAAAUAAAUUGCAUAAAUCGCAAAGUAUUCACUGAAAUCUAGUAAGUAUUGUGACCGAUAAAAUGGGCUCAUACCUGAUCUAAAAAAUGGGAAAUAAAAAUUGAAAGCAAUGCUUUUUACUAUACAAAUAUUAUAAAUUAUAUCAUAUACACUUACUAUACUCAAUUGUGAAUGUAAUUUAUUUAUACACAAUAGUCAUACAUCAUAUUUGAUAAAGAGAGAAACUUGAAAGUUUGAGUUGAUUACUAUACUGUAUUUUGUGCUCGUGUAUUUUUAACUCGUAAGCAUGAAAAUUGACUUUUUUUUUAAAUGAAACCAAAAAUUAUUUUUUUCAACCUGUAAUCACCACGCCAGUUUAAUCAUAUUAAUUCUCAGCGAGAAAAAUAAAAAUAAAAAAUCUUUGAACAUUGAAAUUGAGUUCCAUACGAAUUUCAAUAUUUGAAACGUGGACAAUAAAUCACACUGUUAUGCGCUUCCUCUUGCUAAUCUGAGCUGAUAUUAUAAUGUUUAAGGACACAAAUUAGGCCCGACAUUAAAAUUUUGUUUUUUAGCAAUGAAAUAUCCACUGCCGGGCUCACAUUUCAAUUCAGUUCGUCGAUAUGUUGUUUUUGCAUUUUUUUAAAAUCUCUUUUCGUUUACCGCCUUUUCAAAGAGCUAAAGACUUCAGGUCGAACCUUUCUAACAUUUUCGAACUGCAAUCAGUGAAUUUCAUUUUAAUCUCACAUUUUAUUAAACUUCCCUACAAAUUGAAACAACUGUUUUGGGAUUUCUACAUCAAAAUAUUUUCCGGCUACAAAUUUACAACAUUCUGUGAUUAUUUGACACUUUCUAGAUUAUCUGUAAAUACAAUAUCCUAUCGCAACCAAUCCUUCUCCAAUUUUUACCUCUUUUCCGGACUAAUACUUACUUCGGCUGUAUACCAUUAACCUUUUAGACGGGAAUCAUAUCGCCAAUAAACUUAUCGCGUCUGAUCCAUCGAUACAACAUCUAUUACUUCAUUUGUUUUAAGUUUUAACAUUACACCUUGCAAAAUAAAAACGUCAUAUUAAUCAGAUGACAGAGCCGUCUGCAAGAGGUUCAAUAGCUACAAAUUGAAUCAAAUUUUGAGAAUAAAAAUCUAUAAAAACCAUUACAAAAUACAUAACGAAUUACAUGUCAAUUACUCGCGUGUAAAAAAAUAGAAAAUAGAAGAAGCUUUUGUAGACGAAAUCAAAUUAAAUUUGGAUAAGAAUGAUGAACGAUUUUAGGUAAUUUUCAGAUGAAUAUUGAAGAGUUUAUGUCAAAAUCAUUAGAUGAGUUAAAAAUUGUAGGCAUUAGAAAGUGAAAAGCUCGUCAUAACCGAAUCAGGACAAAUAUGUUGUGGAAUGUAGGAGAAUACUAAGAGAAUACUAUGUACGACGAACGUUCGUUUACAACUUGAAUGUCAGCUAUUAAAUCUUCCUGGCAACAAAAUUUACGAAAAAGCCCAUUACCCAAUCGAAAGCACUUUAAAGCUUAGCGAAAAUUUUUGACAUUAUAGUGGAUUAUGCAACUAGGGGACAAGUAUGAAGGUUGUAGCCCGAGUCGGAUGCAAGUGCUUCAAUCACACUAGUUAGAAAAACAUCUUUUCCCGAGUUGCAUUUUAUAUGCUUGCGGACUAGAUAAGUUUUCCCGCAUGAGUAGUGGAAGCUAAAGGUGAACUAGCUCCCGCAAGCAUUUUAAUUUUUAUUUUACACACCUUAAUGAUUUCAAUGUUAAACAUCAAUCAUACCAGAAAUGAUCUGACUUGAAAGAAAGCUUUUUUUAGAAAAUAUUUGUUUUAUACUUGUGGGUUGGGGGUGCGGGUGAUUUUUCAUCAAUGUUUAUUUUGCAGGAUAUUUUUUCUAUGGAAAUCUGUUGAUUCAAGACUAUACUAUAUGUCGGUACAUUUUGUCAUUUUAACUAACAAAAUUUCUAAUUUUAUAAACUGCGUUCGUAAGAUAUGUUUGUGUCAACAUUCGAGCCGAUGUCCGGCUUCUGUGAUUCGCUAGUUAUUUUUCCUUUUAAUUGUUGGAAGUAGUGUUCCAUCUAAAGUGAUUGUUAAGUUGUAAAAACGUUAAACUAAAGAUUAGACCAAAAUGAAAUUAUUUGUUUAAGCAUUAGAAGCGUUUAUUUAACUAGAACUAUAGUUCAUAAAAUUAGCAAAGUUUCUGUUAAGAGAAUUUAAACAAAGGAAUACGAACUAAGUUACAUAAAAAGAGAGAGAUUAUACUCGUUAACUAACAAAAUUUAAUGCAAUAUAGUCAAAUAAUCCAUGGUGUAA